AUGACGAAGGAGAAGAGAAGGAAAAGGGGCCGCGGCGUGCAGCAGCAAGUGUCCUGUAAAUAUUCCCGGGAAGGAGUCCAAAGUGACAUCAUGUCUGCUGCCACCUGUCGACUGCUGAGGACCAGUUUCGGUGCUCCGUCUGUCUGGACGUGUUCACCGAGCCCAGGUUUCUACACGAGACCCGAGUUGCGGGUCAACACUUUCAUCUCUGAGAUGGCAGCUCGGUUCAGACAGUCAGCUCAGCAGGAAGCCGAAGGAAGCGAGAAAGGUCGGCAGAGAUUUCUCUGUGAUGUCUGCGUGGAAUCCAAGCUGAAGGCCCUGAAGUCCUGUGUGGUGUGUUCCUCCUACUGCGAGACUCACCUGAAACCUCACCAGACAAAGUCCAGCCUGAGAGAGACACGAGCUGAUCGAGCCUUGGGAAGACCGGAGUUCAGGUUAUGUAGGAAGCACGACAAGCUGAUCGAGCUGUUCUGUAAGACUGACCGGGUGGGUAUCUGCAUGCUGUGCUCCAUUUCAGAGCACAAGACUCAUCAUGCUGUUCCAAUGAAAGAAUAUACUGAAAGGGAACGUGAGCUGAAGAAAAUGGAUCAUGAAAUUACAGACAUGAUCAUUGACAGAUCCUCAAAGCUUCACAACAUCUCCCUCGCAGGUGAUUAUGGCAGGAAAGAUGCAGACAGGGAGAUAGAUCGCUCCGAGGUCUUCAGGAUUCUGCAUUCAACUGUUUGGAAAGGGAAGCUUAAGUUCAUCAAUAGGAUCACGAAGAAGCAGAAAAGAGCAGAAAAACGAGCUGAAGCUGUCGUCAGAGGGCUGGAGAAGGAGAUCUCUGUUCUGAAGAGGAGGCGGACUGGCGGAGACUUCAAAAUCAGCCUACCGUCAUACGAGGGGUCUGCCGUGAGAGCUCUGGCUGAGAUGGACGAGAGGCUCAGUGAACAGAGGGAUAUGAUGUUUGAAUUGGAGCUGAAGAGGUUCCAGAAUUAUGCAGUGGACGUGAAACUGGAUCCAAACACAGCACGAUCCGGCCUCGUGCUGUCUGACGAUGGAAAGCAGGUGCACCACAGCGACGUGCAGAAGGAGCUCCCAGACAACCCGGAGAGGUUCGAUACUUUUCUCGGUGUGUUAGGACAUCGCAGUUUCCGCUAUGGAAAGUUCUACUACGAGGUGGAAGUCAAAGGCAAGACGGAGUGGGAUUUAGGAGUGGUCACCGAGUCAGUCAGCAGGAAGGGAGAGAUCACGGCGAGCCCUCAGAACGGUUUCUGGACGAUAAGUCUGAGGAAUGAAAAAGAGUUCACGGCCAACGCGGACUCUCCGGUCUCCCUGUCUCUGCAGUGGAACCCUGAAAAGGUGGGAGUGUUUGUGGACUUUGAGGACGGGCUGGUCUCCUUCUACGAUGUCAAUGACUUUACUCCGAUCUACUCUUUCAGCGAGUGCUGCUUCACGGAGAGAUUCACCCCGUUCUUUAGUCCGGGUCCGAACCACGGUGGCAAAAACGCCACGCCUCUGACGGUCACGCCUGUCGAUCCUACCGAGCACGUUUGGUAUAAAGAGAACAGAUUUGCCUCCAUUCUAUUUUAAGGCAGUUACAUAUUUGUCAUCAUUGUGUUGUUGCUGCUUAUGCUUUGAUUUCUUUACCCUUUUCAUCCAUCUGAUAUUUACAUUGGCUUGUUUUCACUGGUAUCCAGUCUGCCCAGUGUAGCUGUGCCAGCAGCUUUGACUUAAACUGUGGUCACCACACCUGAAGCCGAGGUUCUUGUAUUGGACUGAAACUGCAAAAAGGUGGAUCCUCGUUUGUUUUACUUUUGAGAUCUUUAGUAAAAUGUUUUUGAAACAUCCAAAUUCAUGAAACUAACAGCCGAUAAAUCAAAAUGAAUAAAGUUAAGGAGAGGCUGCAGUAACUCCCUCCUGCUGUGUUAUGAGUGUUGAUGUUGCAUAGUUUGUCCACCAGAGGGCACUCCGCACCUUUCUUGUUGGCAACAGGUAACAACAACCAGCUGAUCGUUUGUUGUUACCUGUUGUUAAAUUAUCGGAUCUCUGUAUCUGUUAGUUUGUGUCAGUGCCAGGAUUAACAACAACCAAU